GUGUUUUUGGCAUCGCUGUGGGUGUGUAACCAACACUGUCUCCAUUCCACCGAACCAACUAUUCACUUUAAAACUGGCCAUGCCAGUUGAACGCUGUAGCUAGUCUCCGACAUUAUCACCAUUCAUAUCGCCUUCUUUGGACCAGGGACUAGUAAAAUUAUUCGAUUUGGUGUCGUUUAUCGUCUGGUUUGACCUGAUCUUAUCUGUGAUGGUCAGGCUUGAUAGGAUUUAUUCUUGAAAACGACAUGCCGUUUUUGAAGUCACAUGACGACUCUCCAUCCAGCUUCUGCACAAGCUUAACCACUAACGUCCUGAACAGGAUUUGCGGUCCGUCAAUGAGGAACUACAGGCUCAUCUUCUGCCACAACCUGAAGCAACCAUAGAUGAAUAUUUCCUUUACUACUAGUGAGUGGAGCAGGAGAUAAAGUGAACUUCUGGGAGUUUGUACAACAAGACGGACUGAAGCAGCCAGGCUGUGGAGGCGAUGAGGAAGAGCCUCUCUACUUCCCUCAGCGACUCCCUCAGCACGGCCAGAGUGUUUGGGAUCCCCCUGGAGGAGGUGCAGCACAGUGGGCAGCCAGGACAUGAGGUCCCCCUACUGGUCAGGAGCAUCGUAGAGUACAUUGAAGAGCACGGAGGGCUGCACCUGGGUCUGUUUCUAGUGAACGGGAACGCAGAACGCGUGGAAUGGCUCAGGCAGCGCUACGACAGCGGCGUUGAAGUGAAUCUGGAGAAAGAGGCCGACCUGGCGUCUGCCGUCAGCCUACUACGCCUCUUCCUGCAGGAGCUCCCCGAGCCCGUCAUCCCUGCAGGCUUACAGGCGCAAAUCAUGCAGCUCUAUCAGGACUACAGCAGUGAGGAAGAGCUGGGCAGAAACAUGAAGUACUUCCUUCAACAGCUGCCGCAGGUCAAUUACAGCUUGCUCCGCUUCUUGUGCCGAUUUCUGUCCGGUGUGGCGUCUCUUCAGGAAGAGAGCUGGAGCAUAGGAGCUCUCGCCGCCGUCUUCGGGCCAGACGUUUUCCAUUUAGACACAGAUGUGGAGGAUCUGAAAGAGCAGGAGUCGGUCAGCCGUAUUCUGGCAGAACUGCUGGAGAACCAGGAGGAAUUCUUUGACUCGGAAGAGGACGACGACAUCUCCAACACCAAUGACUACAGCUCCAUUAAUGACCAGAUCACUGAGCUCCUGGAGGAAGAGAAGUUGGAAGCGUGCGAGGAGCUCCCGCGGGACGGAGAGGAUGGUCCCUCCUCCCUGUCCCCUAAUCAUGCCCACGUCGGCCCCUCCUCCAGUUCACAUAUUUCUUCCAUCAGCAUUCUUCCAGGAUCUGCUGAUAUAAUCCAGAGGACCAUCCGUGCUGCAGUGGAACAGCACUUGUUGGACCUACAGACUUCAAUUGACAAGGAGCUCGGCAGCUAUGAGAGUCAGGUGUUGGACUCCCAACCCAUUCAAGGAAACAGCCCUACUCAGAAGACAUCAGGGCCUGAGGACCAUGAAGAUGUGCAGUCUGAAUCUGAGGCAGAGACUGAGACUCUCCCGGAGGUUACAGAGGAGAGCCUGCCAUCAGAGAAAAGCGAGGAAUCUCAAGGUUCUCAGCUCAGCAGCCCUGUCAUGGAAGAAAGUUCUGGGAUGGACCUUGACACAGAGACUCUCAUAGACACUGAGAAUCUCAACACAGAAAGACUGGAGAACUACCCAGACUACGAGCAGAUGGACCAGGCUGAUGUUAUCACCUGUGAGCCCGACGACUGUGACCUGAAUGCUAAUACUGAGUCCACGGAGCCAGCCAGCGGCCCUCAGUCUUUGACCAGAAGCAUUUUCUCGGACAGCGAACAAGAAGCAUCAUGCCCCAUCAAUUUCCCACCCAUUGACUUCACAUGUAUGCACCUGCAGAGAGAAGGGAGCGACCCUGUGCCAGUGUUCAUGCCAUGGCAAGAGGAGACCGAGUCAGGGGAGGCCCAACUGUCCCCGUUGGCGGGCCGCAUGAUACCCCUGCCUCUAGAAGAGGAUGCUCAGCCGCUACUGGCCCGGCGGUUCCUGGACUUUGGCCACAGUCAACGGUUCUUACAGCAGGACCACGAUGGCACCUCCUCCACCAAAGCUCUGUCCUGUGGAAGGCCUCGCCGUGCCUCCCUCUCUUCCAAAGACAGUCUGAAGGGGGACACUGUCUCCCAACAGCUCACCAAGAAACUCCAGAACCUCAAGAAGAAAAUUAAGCACUUUGAGGAACAGUUCGAAAAAGAGAGAAACUACAAGCCAUCUCACGCUGAUAAGGCAGCUGAUCCAAAGGUGCUGAAGUGGAUGACUGACCUUACCAAAAUCCGAAAGCAGCUCAAAGGACGACAGCACCUCUUCCCAAAAGGUUCCCUGAGGCACCAGGCCGUGCUUCAGUCAUACAGAUGCCACUCGUCCUCUUCCUCCGUCCCGAACCCACCCCAUUUUACACUGUCACGCCCCCUCAAUGCCUCUAGACAGGCUCCCCACUUCUAUGCCAAACACAAGGCUGAAAGUGAGCUGACUCCACAGACCCGUCCACGCAGUAAUACUCUGCCCAAGAGCUUUGGAUCCACACUGGAUCAGUCGGCUCACGAGGGCCCUGUGGAGAGUGAGGCACAGGGACACCGGCCCACCCGAGAAGAGACACUGGAGCUCAUUCAGCACUGCAUCCAAACCAAAAGAGUGGAGGACGGCUGGCCGGAGGACGUCAGAAAAAUGACCAAGGAGCAUCUUGCUAGUGAGAAAACUCUACUGCAGAAGAACCUUCUGUACUAUGAGGGACUUCAUGGGCGCCCAGUGACCCGAGAGGAGCGCUUGAUUGUAAAGCCCUUGUAUGACAGAUAUCGUCUGGUCAAGCAGAUGCUCACCCGUGUCAGCAUCACCCCCAUCAUAACUUCUCCCUCCAGCAAACGCCGCAAUCAGAUGUUACAGCCCAUUAUCGAGGGCGAAACUGCCCACUUCUGUGGUGAGAUCGAAGAAGAAGAGGAGGAGGAGGGCAGGGGCCAGCAGGAAAAUGUAGAGAUGCAGAGCGAGAGCUCAGAAAUCAUCAUGGACCCGGUAGCCCAGCCCAGCUCCCAGCAGCCCACUCAGGAGAACGUCCUCAACUCUGGGAAGCUCAAUCUCGAUCUGCGUUUGUCCAGUUCCAACGCCUCCUCAAUGCCCGAGCUCCUGGAACAGCUAUGGAAGGCCAGAGCAGAGAAGAAGAAACUGAGGAGGACCAUCAAAGAGUUUGAAGAUGAAUUCUACCAACAGAACGGCAGGAAUGUUCAGAAGGAAGAUCGCACGCCUAUGAUGGACGAAUACAAGGAGUACAAGCGCAUUAAAGCCAAACUGCGGCUUCUGGAGGUCCUCAUCAGUAAACAGGAUUCAUCCAAAUCCAUCUAAAGCGCCCAGUUCCAGGAGCCAAUCGGAUCCAACCAACAGCCCAUCUUGACGGUAGUCCAUCAACUUCCACUGUCGUUCCUCCUCACUCCACCGAAGAAGAUGAAACCACUGUCAUCUAAAAUACUGGAAAAAAGAAGUUCUCUCCCUCGCCUGUGUUUAAUAUCCAGACUUUUGACUUUCUUUUUCACAUUGACUGAGUUUUCUCAUACUGAGAAUCCACAAAGGACUGAGUGAUCGCAUCAGUAUGUGUAUGUGGACAUCACACACCGAACUCUUCCUCAGACCACACCGAUGGUCAUCAUAUUUCAAAGACCCACAUCACACUCCUCCUCUCCAUGAUUCAUGGGGGUCUUUAUGCUAUUUGAGGGUGUGAUUUGGGUUCUGUGUAUGUAUACUUGUACAUAUCUAUAAUAUACUGUAUGUAGGCAUAAAUAUUUCAGUGUUUUUCUUGAUUUAAGACUUUAACGGCACAGUGAAUUAUCAAAUAAGGUUUUUCACCUCCUGCGCCUUUUGGUUACAAAUCAGAGGACUCCUGUAUCAAGCUGGUGCUCUUUUUUUGUUUUUUUGUUUUUUUUGUAAUGACACUUGGAUCACUUGAUCAGACUGACAAAAGCAACUCCAGCUGAAUUGUCACAAACUCUUCCUGAUUCAUAAUGUAAAUGACACAUCUGUACGUCCGCUCUAAAAAUUUACAUUUGACUAAUGGUUACUGCAGUGAAAGCGAAUAUAUGCCAAACGGACAAACGGUUUGUCAAUGUUAGAUCACAGUGGUACAUGGUAGAUCAUUUCUGACACUAUAGUAUGAAUAGAUUGCAUUAUUUUUUUGUAUGUUAAUGUGUCCUUAUCAGUUUUUCUCACCUCUAGACUCAUGGUUUGCCAGUGUGUACACGUUCAACAUGCAACUUCAGUCCCUCAAAGCAUCCCGUCAUGACCAGUAAUGCUGCAAGUUAUAAGAACCUCUUCAAACAUGAUAAUUAGAUGACUUCAGACUUGGCUUUUUAGGAAGUUGCAGUGUCACUGUGACUCCUGAUGAGUCAUAAUCAUGUGUCAUGUGUCUUUAGGGCAUAUGAUGAGGUUUCUUCCACAUGUUGGGAGUCUUUAGCAUCACUUCAGCAUAUCAUCUGAUCUGUCAUGGUCACUUUUCUGCUGCCAUCUCAUAUCCUGCUGGCACUGAACUGAGCUGAUAGGGAACUGCACAACAACUGCGUAAUAAAGUCUUAUCAAAGAGAUAAGGGAUACGGGAUUUACAUGGGAUGGAGAGUUGUAUGGUUUGAGGGGUCAGAUGGGUGGUUUGUGACCGAGGUGAAACACUUAUCAAGUGUUUGAUAGUUGUGAAUAUCAGCUUUCACAGAGGAGGUGUGUUCGUGACAUGAAGGAGGUGAUAGAGAUUAUUUGCACAGCAUUCUGGGAAUGCAGUCUGUUUAGUUUUUUUUGCUAGUGUUUCUUGUUUUUUCAAACACUACUUGCAUGUGAAGGCUGGGAUUGCAGGUUGUUAUUUGACUCAUUCUGGCCCAUCUAUCACUGUGUGGUGUUGUCCUUUUUUAUGACCAUUAUUUUGUACUCUUGUUUUUUUAUUGUCUCGCUUCCUGCAGUUCCUCUGUAUUAGUGAAGCACCUACUUUGUCCUGUUUUGUAAAAGCUUGUCAGUAGUAGGUUUGCAUGGCAAAAAUUUGUAUUUCUAUUUUUGUGCCAUGGAAAUUGAGCAAUAAAUUAGCAUCGGGGCCUGUAUCAGUGGAAUGAGAGGCCUCUCGUAUCCAGUAUGUGCAUUUUCAAUAAACAGCUUGUGAGUAUUA